GUUCCUGCCUGACCGUGACUCUCACAAGCUUUUUAUACCCCUAGAAGCUGUUUCUUUUUUUUUCUUGCUGUAAAGCAGAACUUGGUGAGAUAGUGAUCCAGUUUGCCCACAAGCCUCACGCUCAGGAAACCAACCCCCUCUCAGUGUUACCGACCCACAACUUUUGCAGUGAAAAUAAACCUCUGAGUUGAGAUCAAGUCACAACAUCCAACAAUGAAUCUGCUUCUCACACUCUUCCUGCUAUGGACCUACCAUGCCCCACAAGUUUGUUCUUCCUCUUUCCCAUGGGUCACAUUUAUAAAAACAGAACUUGGUAACACUGCGCUCCACUUAGUACUCAGGAAAUCAGAGGCCCCAAAUUGUUACUGACGCACGACUUCUGCUCAGAGAAGAAACCUCAGAACUGAUGUUAAUUAUCAGCACCAGGACAACAAGCAAUGGACCAGCUUCUUCUUCUUCUCCUCCUAUGGACUUGCCAAGGAGGAAUCCAUAGCAAGAAUCCAUACUGUACUAUCCAGACUGGGUCAGUGCGAGUGAGUGAGGGAGACAAUGUCAUUAUCCCAUGUAGGUUCAGUUACCCCGGGUAUAGAAGAGACAGAUCCAUCAGUCUGAGAGUCUACUGGAGAGCAGGAACAUCCCAAACCUGUGGACAAAACACGUUCAUUUAUAAUCACACAGAGAAUGAUGUACAUGGGAACUACACAGGGAGAAUCAGCCUGGAGGGAAACCCCAAGGAACAGAAUGUGGUGUCUCUCCGAAUCCAGCGGAUCAGACGCACGGAUGGCCCAAUGUUCUGCUGCCGCCUGGAACCAGAAGACAAGGGAUUAAAGCCUUGGCAGAAUAUCCAGGGAACAUUCAUACAAUUAUCAGGUGAAUUCUCUGUACAACAAGUGGAUACAAUUCCUGCCAUUGAGGGAGAAACCACCGUUAUCCCCUGUAUUGUUCAUUCUGCAACUGAGGAAAUACGGGAAGUAAAAUGGCGCUGGGGGGACCGUCUCACUUGUAACAAUAACCCCAAUAUUGUGAGAUGGACAGAGGUAAAUGGAUCCCAGAAGCAAAGUGACUUCUCACUGGUGGAUUUCCCUAGAGACGUCUCAUUACGGAUAGAAGGAGUUGCCCCUUCCCAUAGGAAACAUUACUGCUGUGAGGUGAAAGUGGGAAACAAAACUGCACUAAGUGAUCAUGGCACAGAACUGGCAGUUGCAGCCUCUGAGCCCAGCGUUGGCUUCUCUGUUACUCAGAGUCCAGAACUCACAGUCCAGUCGGGAGGCUCAGCCUCCAUCAGCUGCUCCUUCUCUCCCAACAGAGACCCCUUGUGGGUGGGAGUUUACUGGCGAGUGGGGAACCUCACGGGACCAUUUGCCUAUCACCCCUCCCAGGAGAUGGUCCAUCCCAUGUACAAGGGGAGGACAGAGCUGAGGAGGGAGACAGAUCUCUAUAUAAGGAACGUGCAGGAGGCUGAUAAUAACACCUCAUACUAUUGCUUUGUUAUACUCAGAUUUUGUGAGGAUUUCAACAACUUCAGUACAGAGACCAUUUAUGGCACAGGGACCAGACAGCAUGUGACAGCGGUGCCUUUAUCUCCACGAUGGAAACUGUACAUCAUUCUCAGUGUCCGCUGUGUCCUUCUCUGCAUCAUCAUCACCGCUGGGAUUCUGGGACAUCGCAAGGUAAAAGGCCUAUGGUUUCCAGCACAGGACAAAGUCAUUGAGUAACGAGUGUUAGCUCUGCUGCUGUUUCCAGAUGAGGCCGAGCACAGGAUUUAUAUGGAAGUGACAGUUAUGUUCCUUGUAGGCUGAUUUACAAAUGACACUUGCAUAAACCAAAUGAUCUGUGUAUACUGAUGGGCGAAUCUAUUCGGCAGGCGUGAAUUUACAGUGAAUUCCCACGAUUCGCCGCCAGCAAAUAAAUUAGCAAAACCGCUGCAAAAAUUCGCCAGCGAAAAUUCGGCGGCGGCUGUUUUUUUGAACGCAGACGCAUUUUCGCCGGCGAAUGUGCACCCGCAUCCAAAAAACGGACGCCGGUGCUGUUUCGUGAAUUUUUCACCGUUUCACGAAUUUCGCGGGAAAUUCGCAAAUUUUUCGGCAAAGAGAAACGCCCCAAAUUCGCCCAUCACUAUCUGUGGACUGUGCCAUAUUUAACGUUAUUGUUCCAGACAGCAAUGAACUCUACACACCAGCACUUCCCCUUGCUUUUCACCACUGCAUCCAAUUUUUAAAAAUAUAUGGUUAAUAUAAUAAAAUUGCCUCCUUAUAUA